GGACAGUCCCAGUUUGAAGAACGAUGGCCGUUAAUGCGUCCCACAGCCUUGAAGUUGCUUCGUCAGGAGCCUGUCACCAAAAUAGAAUGGCAGGAUCUUUUCUGUGCUGUGCAUUCAGUGUGCCUGUGGGAUGACAAAGGCCCAAGCAAGAUGUAUGGCGCUCUACAAGAGGACAUUCUUGACUUCAUUAGACAUGCACAGUCUAGGGUAUUACAGCAUCAUGAGGAUUCCGCCUUACUUAAAGCUUACAUUGCUGAGUGGGGCAAAUUCUUCACCCAGUGUGACUACCUCCCCAAGCCAUUUAUGCAGUUAGUCACUUCCCUUGCUGGUAAACCACACGGCAGUAUGCAGAAAAAGACUCAAGGAGAGGAGAGUCUAGUCAGAAAGUUGAUGCUGGACAGUUGGAACCAGAGCAUUUUCUCCAAUAUAAAACAGAGACUGCAGGACAGUGCCAUGAAAUUACUACAUGCAGAAAGGAAUGGGGAGGCUUUCGAUUCACAGCUAGUCAUAGGUGUACGCGAAUCAUAUGUAAACCUUAGUUCAGAUGUAGAAGACAAACUGAAGAUUUAUCGAGAGAACUUUGAGAAAGCCUAUCUCGAUGCCACAGAGAAGUUCUACAAACUGAAAGCACCCCAAUACCUAGAGGCCAAUGGUGUACAGAACUAUAUGAGGUAUGCUGACGCCAAGCUGAAGGAGGAGGAGACGAGAGCUCGCCGCUACCUUGAGACCGGAUGGGGAUGUAGUUCAGUCUCUACAUUGACAGAAUGUUGUGUGAAUGUCCUGGUCACAGCUUUUAAGGAGACAAUUCUCAAAGAAUGUGCUUCAAUGAUAAAGAACAAUGAGACUGAGAAGCUGCGACUGAUGUUCAGCCUGAUGGACAGAGUGCCUGAUGGAAUCACACCUAUGUUACAUGCCUUGGAGGCCUACAUUGUCAGUCAGGGCCUCGCUGACAUGAUGGCAGCAGCAGAAACAAUCACAACUGACUCAGAGAAAUAUGUAGAACAACUCCUAGAACUGUUCAACAGAUUUAGUGCUCUAGUAAGGGAGGCCUUCAGUGAUGACCCCAGGUUCCUCACCUCAAGAGAUAAGGCAUACAAAAAUGUUGUGAAUGACACAUCCGUAUUCCGUCUAGAAAUCCCAAUGAAAAACAAAGGUAUUGGUGCCAAGACUCAGCCAGAGUCCAAAUGUCCUGAACUCCUUGCAAACUACUGUGAUAUGUUACUUAGAAAAACUCCUCUCAGCAAAAAACUCACCUCAGAAGAAGUGGAGAAAAAGCUCAAAGAUGUGUUGCUGGUACUUAAGUAUGUUCAGAACAAAGAUGUGUUCAUGAGAUAUCACAAGGCACACCUUACACGACGACUCAUUCUUGACACGUCUGCUGACAAUGAGAAGGAAGAGAACAUGGUGGAAUGGCUAAGGGAGGUAGGCAUGCCUGCUGAUUAUGUCAAUAAGUUGGCAAGGAUGUUCCAAGACAUCAAAGUCAGUGAUGAUCUCAACCAAGAGUUCAAGGACGCUCACCGAAACAACAAUGAGGGCAUAGCAGACUCUAUAAACAUCAAGAUUCUGAAUGCUGGAGCAUGGGCACGGACGAGUGACCGAGUAACAGUGUCACUUCCAAUGGAACUGGAGGAUUACAUACCUCAGGUGGAGGAGUUCUACAGACAGAAACACAGUGGUCGGAAACUCCAGUGGCAUCAUCUUAUGUCUAACGGCAUCAUAACAUUUGCCAAUGAUAUAGGACGGUUUGAUAUAGAAGUCACAACUUUUCAAAUGGCUGUGUUAUUUGUGUGGAACCAGAGACCAAGAGACAAAGUAACAUAUGAAAGCUUGCGACUUGCCACAGAGCUCCCAGACACUGAACUCAGGAGAACCUUAUGGUCACUGGCUGCCUUCCCAAAGAUCAAGAGACAGCUCCUGAUGUGUUCACCAGAAGCUAAAUCUGCCAAAGACUUUGAUGACAGUACACAGUUCUGGAUAAACCAGGAAUUCUCUCUUAUCAAAAACGGCAAGGUGCAAAAACGAGGGAAGAUCAACUUGAUUGGUAGACUGCAACUUUCUACAGAGAAGACAAAAGAGGAAGAUAAUGAGGGAAUAAUGCAGCUCAGAAUCCUCCGAGUACAGGAAGCCAUUGUGAAGAUCAUGAAGAUGAGGAAGCACAUUACAAAUGCUGCCUUACAGACAGAACUGGUAGAGAUUCUACGGAACAUGUUUCUACCCUCAAAAAAACUCAUCAAGGAGCAAAUAGAGUGGUUAAUAGAACACAAAUAUAUGCGCCGGGACGAAGACAAUAUAAACAUGUUCAUCUACAUGGCAUAGAUUGUCCGUGUAGCUCUGUCACAUGAAAUUUCGCUCUUUCUACGCCAAAGCCAUGACUUAAACAGCAGCCCUGAAUAUAAACAUAUGGUUCAAUUAUACUGUGAAAAAGUAUGGCAAUCCGUGUUAACCAACAGACUGGGGCUUGUCAAAGUCUGGCAUUGUGGCAGCUGAAGGUGGCCAUGUGUGCUUUUAGUCGACAGCUGAGUUUCGUUACAGGAAUGUUUAGGACUUUGGUGUUGACUGUUGAUAACCGACUGGCUGACAUUCAAAUGAAGUACGGAACUGCUGGAAUCACGUCUCAUUAGCUGUGGCGCUGGGGAUUAUGUGCCCUUCCUACAAAACAAGUGUUGGAUAGCUGUCCCAAGCUCCUUCCAUCUCAUGAAAACGUGCCACCUCAGACUUUGUACCAGAUGGUCAUCCUGACAGGAUCAAGUAGAAAACUACUUACUGCAGGAAGAAAGAGAUGGCCUUUUCCUCCCACAACCCAGGUACACCUCUCUUACCCAGAUACAGAACAUGGCUCUACUCCUGGUACUUACGGUUGUGGUGCCACAUACCCAUCUCCAAGAACUUGGUUCUACUCCGACUUCCAGAGGCUAGAGCCUUUUUAACCUUGGGACUUAUUGUAUCACAUUUAUAGUUAUUUCACAGAGUUAUGACACUUACUCUUUGUAAUCAGUUUAGAUAAGUCACAGCGACCUAUAUCAGUUUGGCAAGUAUUGAUAGAUUAUAACCCUCACUGUAAUGUCUGCAUCGCUAUAACUUUACAAAUAUCAACUUGAAAGCAUUUCAUUGUCUGCAAUAUUUCAAGUCUUGUAUAGAAUUAUACUGAAUAAGUCAAGAGAACAAAUGAAUUGUGUGUAUACAUGAUUACGGGUUCAACACAAAAUCAUCAAUAUAGAAAUAAAUAUUGAAAACCAAACUAAGAACAUUUUCCUACAGACUUAUUGGGCUUACCAGUAAAUGUUUAUUUGUGUUGUAGUUUUGUAUCAGGAAUAUUCAGAAUCUAUGGGUUGACUCUCUACUAAAUAAAAAACUGUAGCAUGGUUAACAUGAGAAAAAAACAUUGAAAUAUAAAAACUUCAAUUUGAAUUAUUUUGUAUCUGUAUUUUUACAAGUUAUGUAAAGGGCUAUCCCUGAAAACAUCAAACCAGAGGACUCCUUGCUUAAUUUGUGUAAAGGGCUAUCCCUGUAAAACAUCCAACCACAGGAAUCCUUACUAAAGUUGUGUAAAGGGCUAUCCCUGUAAAACAUCCAACCACAGGAAUCCUUACUAAAGUUGUGUAAAGGGCUAUCCGUGUAAAACAUCCAACCACAGGAAUCCUUACUAAAGUUGUGUAAAGGGCUAUCCGUGUAAAACAUCCAACCACAGGACUCCUUACUAAAGAGCUACUCUUGUAAAAUAUCCAGCCAGAGGACUCCUUACUAAAGAGCUACUCUUGUAAAAUAUCCAGCCAGAGGACUUCUUACUUAACUUCAAUAUCCUAAGAAUAUUGUCUAGAUUUUCUGUAAGAAAGCAUUAAUACUCAAGUUAUUUUUCCAACACAAAAAUAAAUGGAGAAAGUGGAAAAUUUCUUUUUCAUGGAGUUUCAAGUGUUGUAAAUAAUUUCCAUUUGAUUUACAAUAAACCCAGACAUGAAUAGGAAGUGAUAUAUUUUGGAGUGCUGGGGUUGGGUAGAUAUUUUAUUGGAUGAAUUCAUGUUUGAACUGUUUUGAAUAUUGUAUUUUCUAGAGACAUAUUGGGAGGAUCAACAUAUGUUCAUCUAUAUCUUCUUUGUUGUGUGAAUCAGACCUUUACUUACUAUCUGCUACCCUACCACCUCUGCAUCACAAAUAAGCAGGAUUGUGUCUCUAACUCUGAAGUUAAUUGCCCUCAGGUAAAACAUUAAUCUUCAUGAUAAUGGCAAAUCUAGAUGAUGGCAAGGAUGUAAGGGAAAAAAGGGAUUUUUAACCAAAACAAAAAGACUGUUUAGCAACCUCUUUGCUAUACCUAAUACAGUGAAUUAGUUGAAAUGUUUUACCAUAGCAACAUAAGGGUAUCAGAGAAUAAGGGAUACUGCUUAACAAAUAACUAAACUGAAUUUUGAAUUAUGCAAUGCAUUAUUUGACUUCAGUUUAGAGCUUAUUUUGUUGAAGUAAGCUGCAAUCAGGGACGUUUUCUUGUCUUAAAAUACAUGUACUGAUAAAUAGGGAUGUAUGGCAAACAAAGUGUUAUUUUGAUAAAUAACAAUAUUGAAAUGAGGAAAGUGAUAAUCAUUCAGUGAUUACUCUGUUCAGCACCAAUACCAUAGCAAACAUCCUGUACAAUUGAAACUUUUGAGAUGUUCAUUCAAUUCCCAAUGAUCUCCUUCAAAUCAUUUUUUUAUUUCAUUAACAUCUUAAAAAACAGUUUGAUUUCCCUAAAAGAUGAAAAUACAUGUAACAGAAAAAAUGUAUAAUCAACAUAAAUCUUACUUUAAAUGUAUUUACAAAUGAGGUAACAAAAAAUGUAAGAUACAAUCCAUGGGCUUUCACUGACUUUUGGAAGCAAGAAAUCUUCAAUUAAACACACUUUGGACCUUGAUUAAUACCUCAUACAAUAUCUUAUUCACCUAAAAGUUCUUCCUUUAUACCGAGGCAACUGUUUAAAAUUUUGUGAUGCACUGAUGGAUCAACAUUUUUUGUUAAAUUUGUCCCACAAAUUUCUUACAUUGUAAGAAUAUGUUGGAUUUUUGUGAUACAGAGACCUCCCAAUGACAUGAUAGUCACUGUAUUUUUCUAAUAUUAAAGGUAUUGUUACUGGAGAUAUUACUGAAAUGAUAUAAGUAUGAAUCUAAGAUAGAAACCUGAAUUAUCAACCAGUACUGGUACAUUUACUGGUAUAUGUUUUGAAAAAGUGAUCAAUGUCAAAAGUAAGAAUAACCAGGUAUUGUUUACAAAGGUCCUGAGUGUGUUUAACUGUUCUUGAUAUAUUAACAUUAUGUAAAUAGUUUUUAUUUUAAUGUAACACUAGGUGUGAAUUUUGUUAAUACAUAAAUCAUGCAUACUGCCACUGGUUCAGAUGUUAUAAUAUUGUACAGUGCUUCAUAAAUAGAUUAAUUAAUGGCAAACAUACCACACUAUGGUAUGAUUAUGUCUAUUUUUAAUUGCUUUAUGCUGGCAUUUGUUAAAAUUUUUCAUGACAGCCUAGCUGUCAGUAAUCUUUUUCUACCAUGAUUAUAUUUUAUAGACCUCUAGGAGUGUUAGUGUUAGAGUUUUUACAUUAAUGAGAUGUAUUAUUAAAUACAUAUGUGGAUAGAUGUUAUAAAUCUGUGAGAAAGUUCAAUAGGUGUUUAAUAUGGAUGUGGAGACCACUACAAAGUGGUGAAGAUAUUGUAACAAUGGGUGCUUCUUAACCAAUAACACACUCUCCCUUCAGACAUUCUCCAGUUAGAGUGCGACUUUAUUUCUGGCUGUAUAUAUAUUUCCUAGGUAAAGUCUUGUUGACACUUGAGCAUAGUUUUGUAGGGACUGGUCUGCUUUGAAUUUAAACACAUAUGACCAGGAUUUUUUAAGUAGACAGACAUAUGAAUAUAUCUAAGAGGUACCCACUAUGAAUACAGGGACUUGAUUGUUGACAUGGAUAAACCAUUUCAUCUCUAUGUUAAAUGUGAAUUUUUAGGCAUAUAUUGUGAAAGACAAGCACAUGUUCACACUGGCCUUGGAAGUUUUAGGUAAGGCUCUUGACAAAACAAAGAACUAGUAGGUGUAUCCUUAUCCUCAUCCAACCAGUCAAACUGAUGACCUAACACUGACAGGGAUACUGUAAAGUACUGAUGACCUAACACCGAUAGGGGUACUGUAAUGUACUGAUGACAUAACACCGACAGGGAUACUGUAAAGUACUGAUGACCUAACACCGACAGGGAUACUGUAAAGUACUGAUGACCUAACACCGACAGGGGUACUGUAAAGUACUGAUGACCUAACACCGACAGGGAUACUGUAAAGUGCUGAUGACCUAACACCGACAGGGGUACUGUAAAGUGCUGAUGACCUAACACUGACAGGGGUACUGUAAAGUACUUACACUGACAGGGGUACUGUAAAGUACUGAUGACCUAACACGGACAGGGAUACUGUAAAGUACUGAUGACCUAACACCGACAGGGGUACUGUAAAGUACUGAUGACCUAACACUGACAGUGAUACUGAAAAGUACUGAAGACCAAACAGUGAAUACCAUAUCUCAUUCUGUAUUCUUUGAUACUUUUAGUACAGGUGAAACAUAGAAUUGAUGAUGUUCUUACAAUUUAUUAAUAAAGUCGUUAAUAUAAAUCUGUAUGACUCUAUAGCUGUAUAGCUUUCUUGCAUCAUUCAAAACUUUUUAAAACACUGCUGCAGUAUUAAAGAUGGAUGAACUUGUAAAACUAGGUUUUGUUAGGAUGUGAGAUGGUCUCGGUACAUCUUUAUUGUCAGUCUGGAUAGGUGAUAAUAAAUAUGCUUAAAAGAAUAUUCUGACAUGUGUCUUCACCUAGGGUUUCAGUUGAUUCCCUGGAGGAAAGAAUACUGUUAUCCUCCAGUAGCAAAGAUGCUUUAUAUAUCAUUAAUAAAUUUUCGACAAUUACUAUAAAUGGUGGCGAGCUGGUGAAUCUUGCCACAGGUGGUUGAGAGUGUUAUCAGUGUGUGUGGUAGAGAGAGUGUUUAUUUAUUAUACAAGAGUCCCACACUAUAUGAAGGACUAUUAUAGAUAUAUAAGGUUAGAUAUCAGAAACACAAUACUAGCUGUAACAGGUUAUUUACAAAUACAUUCAAUCUUUAACCAAUGUACAAGGCUUUCAAGGCCAGUUUUUUUUUUUAUUAAAAUAGGGUGUAAAAAUGUUACAGUAUGUUUAAAUGGAUACUAAGUCAAUGCACACAGCCAUUAAUCUUUAUGUACAUGUAAUUAUUGGCACUUAACAUAGUUUUGCUUUUUCUUCCGUCAGACUUCCAUGGUUAUUGUUAAACAUUACAAUCAAUGGUAUAGAAAGUUCGAUGAAUCCCAAAUUUUCAUCAUUUUUAAGUGACAAACCAGAUAUAGUGCUAUAGGAUGGACAGGGAUUGUCCUUCUUUUUUCCCCCAAUACUAAUUGAUAACCACAGAUAUAGGGUGAUAUUGCUCUUUAAAAGAAAGUCCUAUAUAUUGUACCACCUGAUAUAGAUAAAAUGUUACUGCUAUUCUUGCUGUACUUAGCUGUGGACAUCUCAAUUUUUAUGAACAACUGCAUUUAAUUAACAAAUUUCUGAAAUAAUAGGUUAUUUACAUCUCUUUACUAAAACACUGAUAUUUCAGUUCCUUAUAUGGGUUAUCAUUAUUUGUUUAUUUUCUAAGACAAACUAAUAUAUCUCUGGGUAUUUUUGCUAUAAAUCUGUUCAGCUCUAACGGGAGGAUAUAAUAGUUAGGUAACUAGGAAGGUUUCAUCAUUCUGGUGGACUCAUCUCCACAUUUUCAACUCUUCCAUUUCUGAAAUAAAAUUCUUGAAAACUGAA